AGAUGAAAAUGAAGAAGAGUUUAAUAGGCACCUCUAGCUCUGUAAACCCUCUGCUCCAAUCAGGAGAACUAGAAUCAGAAAGGAACUUGAACAAAAAGAUGAAAAGAGUAGAUGCAAAAAUCACCAUGGAUCCGCUAGGCGCCAUAUUUGAUCCGCUGGGCGCCAUAUUGGAAACUCAGCUGGUAUCCGACCAACCCCACACUACCACAUCAGCUGAUCAAUCAGCUGAUUAUCUUGAGCUAGAUGUUCUCGAACAAUGGAAAGUCUUCAAGAAAAAAAAAAUUAACGCAGGACCUGGAUUGGGAGAGGAAACGGAGAAAAUUUCCGAGUCGAUAAAGAAACACUGGAGAGCAGGAGAGACAACAUUUGUAAUACAGAAACUUGUGGACAUAAUUAACAAUUUGGGACUUAAGCACAAAGAUGAAAACUUUCCAAUAAGGUUUUUUCAAGCAGUUGAAGUUAUGAUGGUUUUUCGAGGUCUUUUAAAAACAAGUUUUCGUGGGAUCAAGAAAGGAGAGUCGGUGGAGGAAGCAAAUCAGAAAUGGUUUGAAGAUGUCUCCUGUAUUCAACCUUUAACCCCAAGAAUUAUGCUACAGAUAAUGUUGAUGAGCUUGAAUGAGUUCCAGGUGUAUCACCUCCAGGAGAAGGUGGAGCUGAACCGUGUACUGGAAUCCACCAGAGGGAUAGGAAACCAAGUCCUUCGUUCCUAUGUUCUCAUGUUCUUAGUUAAAAUGAUAUCUUGUUUUAAACCAGACAAAGGUUUGUUCAUGCUUGCUUACAAGGAGUCGUAUGAAAUACUAAGUUUGUGUCCGGUUAAUUCCUCCUUACUAGAAGUUUCUCUUCAUUGGGUCAUUAGUAGGCUUGUACAGGUGUGCACUGGAGAUGAAAUGAUAGAGCUUCUAAAGGAGUCAUGUAAUGAUAAUAGGACAAGGAACAUUAUACUUACAGGAGUUAUACAGUAUCUUUCUUCAGAAUAA